CAUCCUGAGUACUGAGAAGACUGUGCUGUCCACACAGUUUACGCUGAGUCUGGUUAACCCGGAAAUCCUGUUCAUUUGAGGGUACGAAUUAUCCUGUGUACGGAUUCAUACAAGGAGGGUCUUGGAUGCAAUUCGUUGACUGUUUGUAAGACUCCGGAAGCUCCUCUUUUGCCGGCAUACCGUCAUGGAUGAAGUGUUCACCCCUUUGGACUGCCUGCUUCAUUCAGGAAAACAGAAGAUAUGCUUGGUAAUCCUCAAUCAGCCCUUGGAUGAAGAUUUCCUGUACCUGCUCUGGGAUAAAGCUGCGUUGAGAGUGUGCGCGGAUGGAGGAGCCAACCACCUGUACCACCUCACGGCUGGGAGACGAGACAGCUACCUGCCAGACUACAUCAGUGGGGAUUUUGAUUCUAUUACACCGGAAGUCAAAGCGUUUUACAGCGAAAAGAAAUGCAAGUUGAUAGAGACAGAAGACCAGGAUCUGACCGACUUCACAAAGUGCCUCGCUAUCCUGGUGGAUGAGAUUAAGAAGCAGAGUUUGCAGGUGGAUACAAUCGUGACCCUUGGUGGGCUGGGGGGGCGCUUUGAUCAGAUCAUGGCCUCCGUGGAAACGCUCUUCCAUGCUCAGAAGAUGACAGAGCUGCCAGUGGUGGUCAUCCAGGGGUCAUCGCUGGUCUUUCUGCUUCGAGGGGAGAGGCGGUACUCGCUGAACGUGGACACCGGGCUGGAGGGUGAGUGGUGCAGCCUGAUCCCCAUAGGGGGGCCCUGUGUCACCACCACCACGGGGCUGAAAUGGAACCUUGAUAACCAGGUGCUGGACUUCGGGACGUUGGUGAGCACAUCGAACACGUACGAGCCCUGCGACCCCACGGAGGGCAGGCGCCCCGUGACCGUGCAGACAGACCGGCCGCUGCUGUGGAGCAUGGGGAUACAGGGGAAAUGAGCCCCCCCGAGAGGCAGCCUUAACCUCAUGUGCCUUCGGUCACCUCACAAAACAUGACCACCUCA